CGUUAACAGGAACCAAUAGAAAUCUGUAAUAACGAAACUAUCGGUUUUCGUCAAUAAUAUGGUGAUGGAGAUAAGGUGAAAGAAUGAAAACAUUGAGAUAGAUCUAGAGUGUUGUGAAUUAAACCUUGAGGAAAAAUGUUGGCCGCUAGUCGAUACAGAACUAUUUUAAGAAAUGGACUGAGAAAAUAUUCAGAGGCAGUAAUAAGACCACAAGGGACUUUCAGUUCAAAAAUCUCUCGUACAUCUGGUGUUCACCUACUCAAUGGUAACAUCCACAAAUUUCCAAGAAUAUCAACAUCAGGUUUUGAUAGGAUAAUCUUGGAUAGUGAAAAUAGUCACAGACUAGUGUUAUCGACCAACUUUACAACCUCACCAAAAUAUUUAGCACGAAGACCUCAUUAUGUCAGAUUUGGUCACAGAAAAGAAAAGUUUACUAUUGGAACUCAUAUUUAUAUAUAUUAUCUAUCAUUUAUGUUAGUUUUUUUGUUAUUCUUUGAUGGUUUUGGUCGGUUGCAAAAAUGGUUAGGUGUUGAUGCUGCUACAAAAACCCAGGAGGUGGAGGGUGAAGAUUCAUCAGCUGUUAGUGAAUCAGAUGAAGAUACUGGGAAAAAAAAGAAACGGAAAAUUGGUUUCCGAGAUCGUAAAAUCAUUGAAUAUGAAAACAGAAUCAGACAAUAUUCCACACCAGAUAAGAUAUUUCGUUAUUUCGCAACUUUGAAAGUGAAAUGUGAAGGCGAUUGGGAAGUAUUCAUGACUCCACAAGACUUUGUUCGUUCCCUGACUCCAGGCAUUAAACAACCAGAAGGUUUGGGACUGGAUCAGUUUCGCAAGUUUGAUCCCCAGGAUAAAGCAAGUGAUGUACAACUCCUUGAGGUGUUACAGAAAGAUAGUAUGGAAAUGAAAGUAGUAGUUGGAGGUGAUAGUAUUUUCUACCGUCUUGGAGAAGGUGGUUUAAUUUCCUUCUCAGAUUAUAUCUUUCUUCUUACAGUUCUUUCUACCCCACCAAGAAAUUUCCAGAUAGCUUUUCAAAUGUUUGAUCUGAAUGGUGAUGGUGAAGUUGAUAGUGAAGAAUUUGAGAAGGUUCAACAAAUCUUACGAAGUCAAACAAGUAUAGGCAUGCGCCACCGUGAUAGAACCGUAACUGGUAAUGUCAAUAAAGGAAUGAGCUCAGCGCUUACUUCUUAUUUUUUCGGUAAAGAAGCUAAGAAGAAGCUGACAGUUGAAGAGUUUUUAGAUUUCCAAAGACAGUUACAACGAGAGAUCCUUAAAAUUGAAUUUAAUCGCUUUGUGACUGAAAAUGAUAAGAUCAGUGAAAAGGAUUUUUGUAAAGCUUUGUUAACUUAUGCUGGUUUACCAGACAGUAAAAAAAACAGAAUGUUGAAACGUGUUAGACGCAAGUUUAAAGAGGAACCUGAGGGUAUAUCGUUUGAAGAUUAUAUUAGUUUUUGGUUAUUUUUAAAGAGUAUUCAUGAUGUGGAUACUGCUUUAAGUUUUUAUCAUCUAGCUGGUGUUUCAAUUGAUAUGGAAACCUUCAAGCAUGUAGCCAAGACUGUUGCCCAUGUAGAAUUAUCUGAUCAUGUUAUUGAUGUAGUAUUUACAUUGUUUGAUGAAAACAAUGAUGGUGAAUUAAGUAACAAGGAAUUUGUCAAUGUCAUGAAGCGACGACUUCUCCGGGGUCUAGAGAAACCAAAAGAUACCGGAUUUGUCAAGUUACUGGAUGCUAUGUGGAAAUGUGCUAAGAAUCAAACCAGUACUUUCUUAGAAUGAGUGGGACCUGGUUGUCACUUUUUGUUAUAAAAAUGUCUUUUACAAGUCUCUACUGUGUCAGAUUUUUGUGUGUGGGUGCAUAAAAUACCUGUAAGCAAAUUCAGUUGACGUCCUUAUUGGAGUGUGGUUGAACUUUGAAGCCGACAUUGUGUUUGUUAAAUCAAGCAUUAAAGUAAUUAAGUUCUAUUGUCAUUAGCAUGUAGUUGUAUAAAUUUUUAUAAAUUUAAUUAAUUUUAAUUCCAACUUACUGGACACAUAUGUAGAUCUACUGUAUUAAGUUGAUAUUGCACAAAGAUCUAACAUUAAUGAGAUACCUUUAUAUACAGUACUAACAAUUAUAGUACAGAAAGAUUUUGCCUAAUAUUCAUAUGCAUAAUAAUUCAGUGGAAGAUCUAAAUGACACUCUGAAUGUAAUGUUAUAGUUGAAUAGAUUAGUGCUUUCCUAUAAGUUAUAGAAUGUUAUACUUGCAUAGCAUAGAUUAGUGUUUCCUAUAAGUUAUGUUAUCUCAAAUGAAAUACAUAUUUAUAAUUUAGAGGAGACAUAAUAUUUUCCAUUUGUUACAUGAAAGAAUUGUUUUAGAAAUUUUUUUAUACUCCCACAUUUUUAUGUGGACGUACAUUGUCGUCUCCUCCGUCCAUCCACAAUUUGUUUGUGGACACUCUACAGGUCACAAUUUUUAUUCCAUAUUGAAGAAAAUUAAAAUAUAGGUCAAUCACCCAAAGAUUUUGGUUCCUUUUGAUAUUGGCAUAUAUCGGACCAUAACUUCAUGGAUUAUUGCACCUGAUUAAUGUAUACGAAAAAUCACGUUUUUGGCUUGUCACAAUUUUCAUCUGAUUUUGAUGAAACUUCAGUGCAUGUUUAUAACUCAAAGAUUUUGGUUCCUUUCAAUAUUUGCGCAUAUCUGAUCGUAAAUUACUGAAUUAUGGCCCCUGAUUUUACAAAUAUCGCGUUUUUAGCUUGUAGUCCCUCUAGAGGUCACAAUUAUUAUCCGAUUUAAACAAAUGUUCUAAUAUAUCACCGUUACACUGUAAAGAAGCUUUUGUUUGAAUUUCGUGAAACUGCCGGACAAAAUGGCCGCCCCUCGUACGCAAAUAGUGUAAAAAUAUGGUAUAUCAAGGUUGUGGGCCCUCUAGAGGUCAGAAUUUUGAUUCGAUUUUGAUGAAACUUGAAAUACGGGAUUAUCACCCAAAGAUCUUGCUUCCUUUCGAUAUUCACGCAUAUCAGAUCGUAACUUCCUGAAUUAUGACCCUUGAUUUACGAAACAUCGCUUUUUGUUUAGCUUGUUCUCUAUCCAUCUCUUGCAAAAUAUGGGCGUAUCUUGCCUGGCAGCCACUGGUUUGUGUUUUGCUAUAGCGAUGUAUAUUUAUUCUAUGCAUUAUUUGUAUAUAUUUAAUAAUAUUGUGAUAAUUAAUAUAAUACUGUACUAUCUGAAACAAUAGGCAAGAAUUUUUGUAGCUUGUCCAUAAAAUGGAGCCUUUUGACAACAAGAAUGAUAGUGAAAAACCUAAAUUGUCUUUUUUUUUUUAAAACACACAUUAUACAAGAGCUAAAUCUGCCUAUUGCAGGUCUUUCUUUAGGACUAAAAUGUUAUAUAAACAUUUAUUAACAAAACAAGACCAUAAUCAACUCUCGACGGCAUCGGAUACUCCAUAUUUUAACUAGAUUAGAACGGUUUGCCAUUUAAAAAUCUUAUUUAAAAAUGGGAAAGCCAGGCUAAGUCUCGAAUAUACCAGAAUCCUGGUUACCACUAUGUACAUAUCUUGUCAAAACUACAAAUAGUGAUAAUUUGGCUUAGAAUGAAGUAAUUUGAAUGAAAUUUUCAAUAUUUUUUUUUUAUAUCAUCUAUUUUUGAAUUAUUAUAGCAAGAAUGACCAACUCUUUAUUAGACUCUAAACUAAUGUAUCUUUAAAUACUUUGAUUUUUUAAAUUAUUUUUACUUGUUAUUAUGUUGCCUCAAAAGUUAGCUUUUUGUGAGAGUUUUAUUUUCAGUUGUAAAUUGGUUCUAUUUGAUCUGGGCAGAUUGUAAAAAAUUUGUGGAAUCUAAACAUCCUAAUGUCAUUUGUACAGUUCAGAGUGUUUACAAAUAAUUGUUAUCACAGUUUAAUAUAUUAAUAACUUUGUU